AUGUUGAAAUGUUUACUCUUUUUUGUAUUAAUCGUGAUAUAUGUACAUUCAGAAUGUGAAGGCUCGGAGGAAGAGAAAUGUCCUGAGGGAAAAGCCCACUUAGAUAGGGGAACCAUUGCACUAAGCGGACAAUUUCUUUACCAACUCAGUCAAAGCAGACCUAAUGACAACUUUGUGACAUCAGCUACUUCUAUAUUGACCCCACUGGCCCAGUUGGUCCCCUUUACUGAAAAGUCAGUAUCAAAACAACUUCUGACAGUACUUAAUCUUUGUAGCGAGGACGAGUUAAAAUGUGUAUAUUUGCAAGAAACGGCUAGCUACAAAAACCAAGAUCAAGUUGAAUUCGAAAUAGCUACAAAAUAUUUUGCCAACGAGAAUUAUCCUCUGAGUGACAAAUUUAAAGAGGAAUCUAAGAAAUACUUUGAUGCAUCUGGUCAAAAUGUCGACUUUAGUCACAGUGCUCAAGCUGCGGAUAUCAUCAACGGAUGGGUUGCCAAUAAAACACAUGACAGGAUAAAAAAUCUUGUGAGCCCUGACUCGUUGGACGCUAGCACUGUAGCAGUAUUAGUUAAUGCUAUUUAUUUCUUGGGCAACUGGAAAUAUCAGUUUAACCCAAAAAAUACACAAAAACGAGACUUUACGCAACGGAAUAAGAAAGUUGUGCAGUUGGAUACAAUGUAUCAAGAGCAUACUUUCAAAUAUGCUCAAGAUUCGGAUUUAAAGAUUAAGGCACUGGUGAUGCCGUACAAAAAUCAAAACUUCAGUUUCUUAGGAAUCCUACCAGAAGAAGAUGCUUUCGUUUCUACUGUUUCAGCCCUGCGAAAUCCUGAUACCUUCAUUAACAUAACUAAAAAACUAAGAUACGAAAAAGUUCAAGUCUACUUGCCAAAAAUGACAAUUAAUACUUACAUGAAUAUGGAGGAAAUGCUUCGAAAGGUUAACGUGACAGAAAUAUUCGAUCCAAAUUCAAAUGGUUUUAAAGGAAUAUUGAAAAAUAAUAAACCCUUGUAUAUAUCAUCAGCUGUUCAAAAAGCUUUUAUGAAAGUUGAUGAAACAGGAACUGAAGCAGCAGCUGCUACAGAAUUAACUAUUGAGAUAAGAGCAAUUAGGAGAUCUUUUACGCAAAUCAUUCCUUCCUAUUCUACAUAUUAUACCAGACUACUCCUAUGUUUUGUGGUGUCUUCACAGGUGCUGCUUAAGCUAUUGUUUUUGGUCUCACAGCAGUAA